GAGGUGCAGCUCCUGGCGAUCUCGGCCCAGAUCACGGAAGUAUGUUACUCCAUCUCAGACAUCCAAACGCGCAUAUUCGAGAUCCAAGAACUGCGACACGCGUCUUCCGCCUCGAGCGGGAGCUCGAAGAUCGAGGGUCUACCUGAUGGGGGCGAGGCAGGAACGAGCGCGUCCAUCGACAGCGCGUUGAUGAUCUUGGAUGAGAAACUUGAGAGUGUGUCCGCUGCUGUGCAUGCGAUUGACGAGUCUCUCGAAACGCUCCUCUCUGCGCCGGACCGGACCCCCACGCAGGUGCAGGUGUUCCUCCCCCCUCUGCCGGGGCUCGGUCAGGGGGAAAAAGAGCUCGUACUCCGUAAGCUGGAGGACAUGAGAGCGCAGUGGGAGGACGUGAGCUCCGCGAGCGAGGAGCUGAAGGAGGAGCUGAGGGAGGAUAAGUGGUUGGCGGUGUUCCGGACUGUCAGCGCCCAGGCGGACGACAUGAUGGGCAGUUUGGAAAAGGCGGUCAGUACGUGUCACGACUUUAUAUGGCAAGCUGGGAGGAUGGACGACUCUCAUUCUCCCUCUUCGCUUUCCUCCUCACUUCUUUCUCCGACACGAACAAGCAUCAACUUGGAGACGUUCCGCACCAUCCUGGCCUCCUACGAGUCUAAGAAGAAGUACUACGUCCCCGCGACGACAAAGGUGAUCUCCGUGAUCGACAAGGGCAUGCGAGACCGGGCGACGAAGAACGGCGAGUGCCUCCGGAGGCACGCGGAGCUCCGACUUCGCUGGCGGAACUUGAGAGAGCGGAUGGGUCGGAUAGACUCGGAGAUGGAGGGCGUACGGCUUCUCCUC